AUGCAAGACUUUGCUGAACAAGCAGGUUUGAGACUGAUGACUUCGACACCUUACUAUGCUCAAGCAAAUGGUCAAGUCGAAGCAGUUAACAAGGUCAUAAUUGGUUUAAUUAAAAAACAUAUUGCUCAAAAGCCAAAGAAUUGGCACAGAACUUUGGAUCAAGUUCUAUGGGCAUGUAGAAAUUCUCCUAAGGAAUCAACAGGUUCAACUCCUUUUCGACCGACUUAUGGCCAUGAUGCUGUGUUGCAUGUGGAAGUUAUGAUGCAAUCAAUUCGAGUGCAAAGGCAAUUGGAACUACCUACUGACCAUUAUUGGAACUUAAUGUUAGAUGAGUUGGUGGAUGUAGAUGAAGAAAGAAUGCAAGCGUUGGAUGUAUUAGUUCGACAAAAAGAAAGAAUUGCCAAAGCUUACAAUAAAAAAGUUAAACCUAAAACCUUUAACUUAGGAGAUUUGGUUUGGAAAGUUAUUCUUCCCAUGGAUAGAAGAGAUAGAGUCUUUGGGAAAUGGUCACCUAAUUGGGAAGGGCCAUUCAAGAUUUCCCAGGUAUUAUCCAACGGAGCUUACGAAAUUGAAGAAUUAACUUCUGAACAACGUUCAGUGAACAUGAAUGGCAAAUAUUUGAAGAAAUAUAAGCCAACGUUACAAGAAGUACGCAUAAAGAACGAGUAG